CCUCUCUCUCUCCCUUCCCUCCCGGCGUCCCGUCCCGUCCUUUCCCUUAUUUAUUCCCGGGGUGGAGCAGACGCGAGGCAGCCGCGGCCACUAUGCCUCAGCUCUCGGGAGCCGGCGGAGGCGGCGGGGGGGACCCGGAGCUCUGCGCCACCGACGAGAUGAUCCCCUUCAAAGACGAAGGCGACCCGCAGAAGGAGAAGAUCUUCGCCGAGAUCAGCCACCCGGAGGAGGAGGGCGACUUGGCCGACAUCAAGUCCUCGCUGGUGAACGAGUCGGAAACGAUCCCCGGCGGCAACGAGCACGAGGUGUCCAGGCAAGGUCAGCCUCAGGAAUCUUAUCAUGAGAAAGGCAGAGAACAUCCUGAAGAAGGGAAACACUCGGAUGGUGGUUUAUACAGUAAAGGACCUUCUUAUUCUGGUUAUUCUGGGUAUAUCAUGAUGCCAAAUAUGAAUAAUGAUCCAUAUAUGUCUAAUGGAUCGCUUUCUCCACCAAUUCCUAGAACAUCAAACAAAGUACCGGUGGUGCAGCCUUCCCAUGCCGUUCACCCUCUCACUCCACUUAUCACCUACAGUGAUGAGCACUUUUCUCCAGGGACACAUCCGUCACACCUCCCUUCAGAUGUCAACUCAAAACAAGGCAUGUCCAGGCAUCCUCCAGGUCCCGACAUCCCCACCUUCUACCCCUUGUCUCCUGGCAGUGUUGGGCAGAUAACUCCACCUCUUGGCUGGUUUUCGCAUCAUAUGAUUCCUGGUCCCCCAGGACCCCACACAACUGGAAUUCCUCACCCAGCAAUUGUAACACCUCAAGUCAAACAAGAACAUCCGCACACAGACAGUGACUUAAUGCAUGUGAAGCCUCAGCAUGAACAGAGGAAAGAACAAGAGCCCAAAAGACCUCACAUUAAGAAACCUCUGAAUGCUUUCAUGUUAUACAUGAAAGAGAUGAGAGCGAACGUUGUAGCAGAGUGUACUCUGAAAGAAAGUGCAGCAAUCAACCAAAUCCUUGGCAGAAGGUGGCAUGCACUGUCUCGUGAAGAACAGGCGAAAUAUUAUGAACUAGCUCGGAAAGAAAGGCAGCUUCACAUGCAGCUCUAUCCAGGCUGGUCUGCGAGGGACAACUACGGAAAGAAAAAGAAGAGGAAGAGAGAGAAGUUACAAGAGUCAACAUCAGGUGCAGCCCCACGAAUGACAGCUGCCUACAUCUGAAGCAUGGUGGAAAGAGAAAUGCUUUCUCGACGUGCAAAGCAAAGGCAGCGACAUCAGGGCCCCUCCUUGAAAUGGAAGCUUGCUAAAUCUCCAGGCAUGUC